GCACGCGGUUUCGUCCCCCGUCGCCAACUUACGCCAACCCCUCCCUCUUAAUUCCGACCCCCCCUCGCCCCUCGCCCCUCGCACUUCUAGCUGGUGCUUUUUUUUGCCCGUUUUGUUUGUUUCGUUAUCACAGCUAGACGUCGAGAGCCUACAUCAUGACGCUCUUCAUCCUCACGGAGACCAGUGCGGGCUAUGCCCUGCUCAAGGCCAAGGACAAGAAGCUCCUGAAGAGAGACGACCUCACCACUGAGGCUGCUACCGCAGAGGGUGUUUCUAACCUUUUGAAAUUGAAGAGCUUCCAGAAGUUCGACAGCGCCGCGACUGCCCUGGAGGAAGUUGCUGCUCUCGUGGAAGGAAAGGUUACUCCCCGCCUGGCCAGCCUCUUGGACGAAGUCAAGGAUGAGAAGAAGGUCUCUCUGGCUGUUUCCGACCCCAAGCUCGGAAACGCCAUUGGCAAGCUUCCUGGCCUUUCCAUCGAGUUGGUUGCCGACUCCUCCACCACCGACAUCUACCGUGCCAUCCGUGAACACCUGCCCACUCUCAUCCCCGGCCUUCUUCCCCAGGAUAUGUCCACUAUGGCCCUGGGUCUGUCGCACUCUCUUGCUCGUCACAAGCUCAAGUUCUCCCCCGACAAAAUCGACACCAUGAUUGUGCAGGCUAUCGGUCUGUUGGAUGAUUUGGACAAGGAACUCAACAACUACGCCAUGCGUGUUAAGGAAUGGUACGGCUGGCACUUCCCCGAGCUGGCCAAGAUCCUGAACGACAACAUCGCCUACGCCAGACUCGUCCUGAAGAUGGGCAUGCGCACUAACUGGGAGACUGCCGAUCUCGCCGAGAUCCUCCCUGAGGAGAUUGAGGGUGCCGUCAAGGCCGCCGCUGAUCGGUCCAUGGGUACCGAGAUCAGCCAGGAGGACUUGGAGCACAUCCAAGCUCUGGCCGAGCAGGUCGUUGGCUUUGCCGAAUACCGUCAGCAGCUGGCUGGCUACCUCACCGCCCGUAUGAACGCCAUCGCCCCCAACUUGACUGCCCUUGUCGGUGACCUCGUCGGUGCUCGUCUCAUUGCCCACGCCGGUAGCUUGACCAACCUGUCCAAGAGCCCUGCUUCUACCCUCCAGAUUCUAGGUGCCGAGAAGGCCCUGUUCCGUGCCUUGAAGACCAAGCACGAUACUCCCAAGUACGGUCUGAUCUACCACGCCUCUUUGAUCGGCCAGGCCACUGGCAAGAACAAGGGUAAGAUGGCCAGAGUGUUGGCCGCCAAGGCCUCCCUGGGUCUCCGUGUGGAUGCCCUGGCCGAGUGGGAUGACGAUGCCACCGAGGAGGACAAGGCUGCCCUCGGUACCGAGGCCCGCUACAACCUCGAGCGCAAGUUGGCCGCCAUGGAGGGCAAGCCCCUCAAGCCCCGCGGUGUGGCUAUCGCCCCCAACGGCGCCGCUCAGCCCCAGAAGUUUGACCUCAACGAGGCCCGGAGAUAUAACCCCGAUGCUGACGCUCUGACCGGCGACGAGCCCCCGGCUUCCGCCAAGAAGAGCAAGAAGGACAAGAAGCUCGUUGAGGAGGUCGAGGACGAGGAGAUGGCUGAUGCCGCUUCCGACGACGAGGGAGACUCCUCCGACGAGGACUCCGAGGAGGAGUCCUCCAAGAAGAAGAAGAAGAGCAAGGACUCCGAGCUCGAGAAGCUGGCCGAGCAGGCCGGCCUGAGCGUCAAGCGGUACAAGCGUAAGCUCGAGCGGGGCGAGAUCCAAUUCGACGCCGAGGGCAAGCCCAGCUCUGUCAGCAAGAAGGACAUCAAGAAGGCCAAGAAGGACGCCAAGAAGGCCGCCAAGGGCGAGGAGAAGAAGCGCAAGCGCUCCGACGACGGCGAGGAAGUCGACACCAGCGACAAGAAAAAGAAGAAGAAGAGCAAGAGCAAGAGCGACGAGUAAAGGGGACGACCCAAGAUUUUUUUUUAUAAAAGAGAAAAAAGUUCUUCUUUCCUCACCCCACCUUCUAACGGAUGGCUACGCUUCGAGAGAUGUUUCCUUGUAUGAUAUCACACACAUCUUUUGUGUCUCUUUUCCUAUUGUCCUUUUGCUAUUUGAGUUGAAGUGUUAUAUUGUGUGUUUGGGUGGCAUUUCCAAAGAACGGAUGGAAGCAUUUUUCACAUCCUAUCCCAUGGCGCAGAGGUGCUUUUUUUGGUCAAGGCAGUUCGAAUUCCAGGAAUAAUGUUAACUUCAGA